AUGCAUAGACGCUUCGAAGAGAAAACCUUAUUUAUAAGAAAACGUGGGACGAUUAAGGAGUACAAUAUUUUCAAAGCAAAGAAACAGGUACUCUACCAACACCGACACCCACACGCCUCCGCCACGUCGAGCGCGUUCGUGUAUUGGUGGAAUAGAGCACACAGACGCGUGCCCGAGAGCAACACUAAUAAAAGUAUAAUAAAAGUUACCAAGACAGAAGUGCGGCGUACGGUACUAUUUGUUUGGAGGGAGGUUGGAGGCACUCAUACAGGCGAGGGAGAGGCUGUGUUGGCGCGGCCUGCCAGUUUACCGUUGCGAGGCGCGUUGUGCGGCCGGACGCUGGACCGUCACCCGCGCGCCGCCGGCACCCCGAGCCCCAAAGCUUCGGUUUGCGCCUUGACAGGCACCAACCACCCUGGCCUAUACACCAGGACUUUAAGUUCAAGCGCUGUGUACACGAGGGGUGUUGACGAACUAUAU